GCGUACACCCGAGCGCAAUGCUUUGUUGGUGUUUACAAAUUUUAUGUGACAGCUCCGGCUGUAACGCGUUACACUCUGGAGUUUUUGCGCCGAAUGCCACUGCUUCUCACUGAUGCGUUCACUUUCGUGUUUCUUCGCCAUAUCGUAUUUUCCGAAGUGGUUUUCUUCGUCUUUCGAACACCGGUGGAUGUACAGAAACAUCGGGUUUUAAGCUCGUUCUUCGUGCUUUUAUCAAGUUAACAGAGCUUUCAGUGCAUUUGUGUGAUUGUUGAAAUGACAGAAUGGUGAAAAGUGCACGUCCUAAGUGAAAAUUAAUAUGCAUCGACAGAUGGGUUCUAUAGCAACCAUGGAUUGUUAAUGUUUGCUGGUGAUGAAGAGCAGAUAUGGCAAUAAAUUUCUCGGCAUCAUUUGCUGCUUACUUAGCAGCAGGACUGAAGGUUCCCAGACAGUUUAUGUACUGUAUUGCUCAAGAUACUGGAGCAUUGUAUGUCCCAUAUAAAGAUGGUACUGACAGGCAACAAGCCCAAGCUGGACAGUGGGCUACGGGUCCACUGCAAGAUGGAACUGGUGGCUACCAUCCACAGCAACAAGGUGGUUCAUCAGCUUCAGGAAGUCCUCAGCAGUCGUGUGGGGAUCCUGAGACUGUGGCACCUCCACCACCACCAACACAGCCCCCACAACAGCAGCAGCAAGGCACAAUGACAUCACCUGUCCCCUCCCCAUAUCCACCACCACAGGAUGCUACAGCACCACCGCAACAGACACCUGUAGAGGAUGAUCCUCAGCAACAUUCACCAACACAGCAGCAGCAAGGGACACCACAGCAGCAGCAGACACAGCCUCAGCCACAGCAACCCCCAGCAUCACAGCAGCCAGCUCCUCCACAACAGCAGCAGCAGCAUCAAGCUGAUGUUGAACAGCAGCAGCAGCAACAACAACAGCAGCAACAGAGAGUUGUCACAGCAGCACAGUGUUUCCCACAAGAGUUACAGCAGCAGCAGCAGCAGCAACAACAACAGCAGCAGCACCAAGUUGAUGUUGAGCAACAGCAGAGGGUGGCUGCUGCAGUAGCAGCUGCUCAAUGUUUUCCUCCAGCAGAUAUGCAACAGCAGCAUCAACAACAACAGCAGCAACAACAGCAACAUCUGGCAUAUGCGACACAACAUUAUUUCAAGGAUCAGCGUCACACACCAGGAAUGCCACCACAUGUGCUCACACCAAGUGGCUUUACUGCCCUUCAUUACUUGAAGCAACCGGGAGUGAUGUUAACUUCACUUGGUACAAUGGGCAUGGGAGAUGGAAGUGGUGUAGGUCUGGGGACGAGCAUCACUGACGGGACAGGUGUGGGUGUCGGUGCAGUUGCAUACCCAAAUGUUCAGGUAGAUGUGCGCUCACUGCCUGACAUCAUCCAGCAGCAACAGCAAGCCCAGCAUCAAGCACAACAGCAACAGGCACAAGGUCCGGGAACAGGAAAACCGGGGCGGGGAGGCAACGGUUCGGGCUCAGAGCUCAGGCUUUUCAAGUGUCUUACGUGUGGCAAGGACUUCAAGCAGAAAUCGACACUGUUGCAGCACGAACGUAUCCAUACUGACAGCCGCCCUUACGGUUGCCCCGAAUGUGGAAAGCGGUUCCGACAACAGUCCCAUCUGACACAGCAUCUACGCAUCCACGCCAAUGAGAAGCCUUACGCCUGCGCAUACUGCGAGCGCUCCUUCCGGCAACGUGCCAUCCUCAACCAGCACCUGCGCAUCCAUUCGGGUGAGAAGCCUUACCGGUGCCCGCAGUGCGGCAAGCACUUCCGCCAGAAGGCCAUCCUCAACCAGCACGUCCGCACACACCAAGAUGUGAGUCCUCAUUUGGUGUUCAAGAAUGGUAUGACGCCUACCCUGUGGCCUCAAGAUGUGCCAUACCCACCUGAUGCUGAGAAGGAUGAUGCAGCUUCUACAUUUGGGAAUCCUGAAGACGGCAGUGUGCCACCGGACCAGGCUCGUAGCAAUGGGCAGUGUUUUUCUCCUGACAGUGCUGGCAAUGUGCAACAAUAUCAAGCAUAUUUCAAGGAUGCCAAGGGUAUGAACCAUUCAGUGUUUGGAAAUGGGGGUCCUGCAGGAAACUUUGGGGCACUUCAGUACUUAAAACAGGGUCAGGUAAAACCUGGCGGACUGCUGCCCGAUGUAAUACAGCACGGGAGAAGUGCAGGGAUGCCCCUUUAUGUGCGCUGUCCUAUUUGCCAAAAGGAGUUCAAGCAGAAAUCGACAUUGCUGCAACACGGUUGCAUCCAUAUAGAGUCUAGGCCAUAUCCAUGCCCAGAGUGCGGUAAGCGGUUUCGACAACAAUCUCACCUCACACAACAUCUUCGAAUACAUACAAAUGAGAAGCCUUACGGCUGUGUAUACUGUGGUCGAAAUUUCAGGCAGCGGACGAUCCUCAAUCAGCAUAUUCGUAUUCACACAGGUGAGAAACCGUAUAAAUGUGGACAGUGUGGGAAAGACUUCCGCCAGAAGGCCAUUCUCGAUCAGCACACUCGUACACAUCAAGGUGAUAGGCCGUUCUGCUGUCCGAUGCCUAACUGCAGGCGGCGCUUUGCGACGGAGCCAGAAGUGAAGAAGCACAUAGACAACCACAUGAAUCCGCAUGCUGCGAAAUCUAGACGUGCUAACACGGCGGGUGUUGGUGUCCUGGAAGCAAAACAUCAUCCCGGAGCCACAGUACUGGGAGGUGAAAGGGGUCCUCCAACUCUGCUGACACGGGGCAUUCCGCCCACGGCUGUAGUGAAGCCCGAACUGUAUUUCCCACAGUGUUAUGCACCUACAUUCAAUCAUCAGCCACCACCUCCCCCUCCUCCACCUCCCCCUAAUGCCCAGUUUGCCGCAGCACAGGGUGCCGGUGGUAGCAUAAGUGGUGGGAACAUUAAUGGUGCUGCAAUCAAUGGUAACACUAUUAAUGGAAACAGUAUUAAUGGUACUACGAUCAAUGCAAAUGCCAUCAAUGGUAAUACCAUUGGGGCUGCUAGUAAUCUCAGCAAUCUCAGUGGGAGCAAUCUCAGUGGAGGCAGCAUCACUGCCGGUAGUCUAAAUGGUGGUGGCAUUAAUGGUGCCAGUAGCAGCAACAAUAGCACAAAUAAUAAUCAGAGUCCUGUGAUGAAUUCACCUGCCCCUGAGUACAAGUCUGUGCCCCCUCAAACAUCCAGUCUGCCGGCCCAGUGACUAGCGGCUGCCCUUCUCUAGCCAUCGGGACCCGGCACGCUGCCACAUUUUGCUGGUAGUGCUGCCGGACCCAUCAAGCAUGAGCCUUGUUGGGAAAUGUCCCCCUGUGCUGAGAAUGGGCAGGGAUACUAUGAAGUUAUACACUCUGUAUGAACUGCUCAGUGAACAUUUCACUGUAAAAACUGUUUGACUGAACUUUGGUUGUGAUACAACCAGUAAAAUGUGUUUGGGAGUCAAUUAGUCCCACUGUACAAAAAAUGACAGCUCGAUUGACAUCGUUAUAAAUGCCGGUUACUGACCAGUCCUAGACUGACGAUAUAGUAUGUGAUAGAUAUUAUUUGAAAAGAUUUUAAAUUGUUCAUACUUGAUAGAGAAAUAAUUAUAAUCACUUGAACAAUAUUGUAUAAAUAUAGUGACACAGUAGUUUAUUAACAAAGUGAAAUGAAAAUAGCUCCGCUAUAUAUUAAAAACACAACACAUAUAUAAAUAAAUAAAAUAUAUAUAUAUAUAUAUAUUAAAAAUAUAUACAUAGAUAACUUUUAUAUUAAUACUCUACUAAUAUUCCUUAAUACAAAGAGGUUGGAGAUUGGAAAUAAAUGUAGAUAAUAUAUUUUAAAUGUUUUGUGUAAGGUGCUGAUAUAACUGAGAACUGUAUUGGGCAGGUAGGUUUGUAUCACAGUUUUAUAGUACAUACAGAAUGAAUGCAGUUGUUACGAAUGUGCUUUAGCAGGACUGGUGUGAUGUAUUGAAUUUGUAACAGCUUUCUUGAAAUGUUUCUCUUUUUCACUGUUAUAAAUGCAAAUUAAGGCCUAGAUAUUUUAAAUGUGGUUCUACAUGUUUUAUAAUCUGUUGUGUUAUUCAUACUGUCUUCUGGGUUGGUUGACUUUUUUUGUGAUCAUCAGGCGCUUUUCCAUAGAAAACUAGUAUGUGAUAUUAGCAGACUGGUAAACUUCUGCUGCCACUAGUGCUGUUCUUUGUUGAUUCUAAAUCAUUUUAUGAUUCUUCAGAAGAGUUAACUUGGUAAACUAGAUGUUCAGUGUACAAUGUUAAUUAUCCCUUGUGCUUCAGAGGCUCAAAGAGUGGAAUGCAAAUAAUGGUGCCUGAUAUUCAUAUUACACACCAUGUCAUCCAUAUAAUGGAGGCAAAAGUUAUGGAGAUAGUGUGAGAACAUACCCCUGGGAAAAAUGUGAAUCCUUGUUCAGAAAGUAAAUUCUUGUUUUUGUAUUAUAUUUUGAAACUAACAUCACUAAGAGUGAACGUACGAAAGAUCUGAUGAUUCUGAAAGGAUCCACCCUGUCCCCACCAUUUCUGUCAUUAAAUUAUUUAUCUACUGUAAUUUUAAUCUGCAGUUUCUUCUAGCUUGUUUCUAUUUUUAGCUGAUAGAAAUUUAUGGAAAUCAUGACUUGCCUGAUUUUCUGUCAGGGUUGUCUCCCUUGGAAAAGUUGGGUUUAUCAUGCUUCUGGAGCCCUCCCUGCCCUAUGUUGUGGGACACUCUUCAUCUGGCUCCACAGUUGAGACCAUUCCAGCUUGGCUAACUGUGAAAUUUAUGAAAUUUUUGAGCUUUGUUAUUCGUACAUUUUAGUUCCAGUUACUUUACUGGUGUUGUUGAACACAAAUUACUACAGGACUUACCAGCAAGGUAUUACUGCUAAACAGAAAAAGUAUGUGAUCUAAGGUUUUAAGACAGUUUAACUUAAAUUGUAUAUUGGCGUGGUCGAACACUGUUUAUGCAUCAUUAGAUGGUGAUGAUGAACAAAUUCAUCAUUGAUAUAUCAUGAAUAUUCAGUGAUGACAUUAUAAACAUUUUUGAAUAAUUUAAUUGAGAAAAAAACUGACAUGGAUUUGAAGAGGGGGGGGGAGGGGGCGAAUUACUUGUAAACUGUCACUGCAAGACAGGUGGUUAACAAAAUAACUGUCUUGAGCACUUCAGCCUACUCUGUUGUGAAAGCUAAUUAUUAACAGUCAGUUAAUCAUUAAGGCAGAAAACCUGAAAGAAAUGAUGGAAGUGGGUGCUAGUUAAUAUGUAUAACUGUCAAGAUGUGGCCGUAAUUAAUGAAAUUUAAUGACAAGCAGAAAGAUAUUGCUGUAUCCUCACUUUGGCUUGUUAUUGUUCAUAACAAAUGUGCCAAACUACUUCCAUGACACACUGUGUUAUUGUUGACUUGCAUGAAAGUUAAAAAAAAAAUUGUGCUUUCCAUUGUAGAUUCUUGGUAAUUACGAUCACUGUUAAGUGUGAACAGGAACUUUACUCAAUGUAGGCAGAAUAGACUCAUUUUCUGUAAAUGCCUUAUCCAAAUUUGAUAAAAUCUUUCUCCCCUUCAUGUUCAUAAAUUUCACGUUGAUUCAAGCUGUGUAUACAUUGUGGCCAUCACAUGCCUCCGUACAGAUAACUGUUGCAACAUUCAUUUAUUGUCCAUACUGUACUGGUAUUUAAUGGUGUGUAAUAUGACUUAACACAAUGUUUCUUCGGAUACAAAGACUAUAAUGAAGUUUACAAAACAGUCUGCACAUAGGGCAGCAAAGCGAUUCUUGUAAAACAUAUGAUCAUAGUUUGGAAGAAGUAUGUUUUAAAACAUUGUUAAUAGUUAUUAGGGAUAUUUGUUGUCAGCAGUUUUUGUCUCUUGUAAUGGCUGUGAGCAUUUUACAUUGGCUAAAUGUAGUAGUUGCAGCCUAGAAGACAGUUGUACACUUUUUUAAAAAAAGAAGUCACUACAGUAAAAUAAAAUAUCACCUAAGUAGGGCUGUGUUAUUUUUUCUCAUUGUAAUUGUGACAAAUACAGGUAGAAUAAAAUGUAGUUUAUGUUUCUGCAUAAUUCAGAAUCCUCCACAUUUUAGUCUGGAGAUAUUAAAAUAAUACUCAUACUUAAAUAUGUAAAUGUUAUUCUAACUACAGAAUAAUUUUAAACUUUUAAAGUUUUGCUGAAAUAUAUGUUUGGUUAUACAAACAGGGUCCUUAAUAAGUGUAUACCAAUGCUUUGCAUAUAGAUCUGCUGACAUUUAAAACUAAAAUUAUAAAUUUUUAUAAACAGUUCUAUAUCUGUCAAAUCUUCAUGGAACAAUCCUUUACUUUUGUGUGUAUUUAUUACAAGUGUCCACUUAGGACAUUGAUCUUUGUGUAUCCUUCGUGAUAAACUCUUUUUGCCCCCGUUUUUUUACUUGAGUCUCAGUUGCACUGGCUUUGUAAUAAAGAUACAUAUAUUUUUCCACAGCAGUAACUGGUAACGAAUGUUAAAGAAUUGGGGGAUGCUAGUUAAAAGAGAAAUCUGGAUUCCUCCAAUGAAUCGACUCCACAGCCAUUAAACUGUCGUACUAAGUAAAGAAACUGAAUUUUCUAAUACAAGUAGUAUAACUGAACAGAAGAUUUUGGGUGCAUAUGUAAACAUUUAACUUUUUGUGCAUCCAAUUUCCAAUUCUAGAGCAUUCCAGAGUUGUGUUAUUUUAUCAGAGAGGAGAUCACUACUGUUAGUCUGAAUUUUAUACCUUUCAAGUAUACUGGUGGUAUAAUACAUUGUGAUAUAUUUCAUUUGGUUGGAAAUCAAUUUUAUGUUUUAAUUUGUUGAAUUUGGUUUGUUAAAAUUCUCCCAGUAAUUCACAAUGAAAAGUAAUUUCUUAACAUUGUAAAGCUUGAUACAGUUGUUCACAAGUGGAGUAAAAUACGGCAGAUUUAGGGGCUAUCUCAAUAUUAACAUGGACAGACGCUCAAGACCAACGAAGAAUCUGAUCUGUGUGCAGAUAUUGAUGUCUUAAUUAAAGCUGGAAUUUUGAAGGCCAAAGUUACUGUUUAUAUAAUAAUAAUGAGUCACUGAAAAAAGUUGCAGUACCAUAAUUUCAUGUGAAUCCAUGUUCCCUUAGAGCAGUAAAUGCUGUAAGAAUUGAGUUAACAGCUGUAAUGAUAGUGUAAGUAAUACAUUGUGCCUGCUCAAGAAAUCAAGUUAAGAUGAAAACCAUCCUUUGUUGUACAGGCACCAUAUUUGAAAUGCAGAUUUUUGAAUUGUUAGUUAUGUAACGCCUAUCUGAAAAUUGUUUUCUGUAUGAGACAGCAGAACAUGGAAGAAGCAUUUCAGUUGACACGUAUUCAUUGCUUCUGGAAAAUGCUUUGUGGAAUACAAACAGUGGUAUGCAUGAAGACAACAACGUGCAGUGUAGCAGGAGGGCUGAUGAGAGGGUAGGCUGGCUUAACUAUCAGCUAGAAGAGGGUGGGGGGAGGGGGGCCUUGGGCAUGUGUGUACACAGGAUGUACGCAUUCAUCCUGGUGGUAAAUGAAAAUGUGAUGGCUAUACAGCAAUCCUCAACACCUUGUUUAUAUGUUCAUCGAUUUGUAUGUUCAUCUACUUAUAUGUCAUCUAUUUGUGCAAAAUGGCAAUAUUCUUGUUACUGAAUGUAAUGGCUCCUUUACAUGAAAAAUGGAGAAAAAGAACCUAGCAAAAUUUCUCAGCUGUUCUAGUAGCACUGGGGUGGGGAUUUUACCAUGAGGUAUCCCAGUCAAGCAAGAAUUUCUCUUUUAAUUAUACAUUAUCAUCCUAGAAUUCUUAAAUAAUUAAGCAUUUUGGAAAAAUGUUGCUGAUGGUAUGAAUUGUGAACACAUUGAUUUUGGAGACAGUGUUACUUUAACUCUUUUGACAUUAAUUGCUAGAUGUACCUUAAGGUUUGCAUCUUUCUGUAAAGCAACUUGUAGUUGUCUAGUUUUUACUAGUACAUAUAAAUGAAACACUUCUGAUCUCAUUGGACUGAGACAUCAUAAGUCUUUGUUUAAUAUUGAUUUAUUUCAUGACUUUUUGCAAGAGUUUCUGUGCACAAAUAAAACGGAAAUAUUUGUUCAUUCAAUGAAGUGAGGCCUUUAUAUAAACCACAGUUUUUGGCUCCGUCAUGUCAAUCAUACAUCUUGUGAGAAAGAAUGUUUGAUGAUCUGGAGCAUGCUUGGAAGAGAAUAUAAGUGGGCUUACCAAUGAAACAGGUAGUGUGUUGUUCUUACAUGCAUACGUAAAUCUUCUCUCUGGUGCAGUUAAAUGUAACAUGGACAAAGCAUGAAUACAGAUUAAAUAUUUGUUUUCUUAUAUGCAUAGAAGUUGAGAUUUAUUGAAAUAAGUUUCUCAUCUGUUGAUUAAUUACCUGAAAGAAGUUCACUUCAUGAAAGUGAAGGUGUUAGUGCUCUAAUAUAUUGGCUGUGGAGUUAGGUUUCAUAUUUUUAAAGCUACUAAAUCAUAAAUGCAUUGGAUUUUCAAAGUAGUAGUAAUUGGUUUUUUUACUACUUAAUGUGUUACUGUCAAACAUAUUUAUUUCAUUUUUGGCUUAAAACUGUUGUAUGUACAGCAGAUUUAUUUUUAUUUUGCAACAUAUUUGAUAUUUUAUUACAGUUUUCUUGAAAAUGGUGUUGUAAAUAAGGAUGUUUUAUGCAGUGAUUUCACCAUUUUCUGGAAGUCAUAAAGUGCUCUCUGUGCUCUUUUGUAUAUUUGCCAUUUUAGGAUGGAUUUUGCAGUAACACUAUGUUUGUAGAUAAGUAAUAUGACAUUGUGUAUUUCAGGGACAUGUAUAUGCCAUUGCUUAUUAGCAUUUCUAGUUGUGAUGACAUUGAUACUAUUGUCAAGGCAGUUUCCAAAGUGUAACCGGACUGAUAGCUCUCUGUGAUAAGUGCUCUUUCCCCAAAUAAGGGAAAUUGUGCUGGUGCUGAAACAUUGUAGCCGUAUUACAAUAAUAUGUCAUUUGGUGCAGCUUUUAUAGUUUUGUGAUGUGAAAGCGUUCUGGAGCUGACAUAAUGGUGUUUGUGGUUUGUAGUUAACUUGCCAGUGCAUUCAUUGUUGUAGAAUACACAUGCACAUUUCCAAAUUAUUUGAAGGACACUGUAAAUCUGUGUGCAUUUUAUAUUUCUAUAUUUGACUUGCAUAAUGGAUGUAUUCAAUAAAUGUAUUUUUAUCUGAUCAAUUUCUGAUAAUCAAACUUGGAAACUGCCAAGACAAUGUAUACUCAUCCAGCUUGCCAUGUUUAUGUGACUUUACUGUUUUCUAUGUGCAAAUUGUUAUUUCUAUUUUUUUAAUAGUAUAGUGAACAGUCUCUCUAACAAAGAAUACACUUUGUUAUACUGUUAGUAAAAGAAACUUCUGGAGGAAAGAGUAUUGUGUAUGUUUUUGAGACUGAUAAUUUUUUGUCCAUUGUUAAACAUCUUCUCUUUAUUUCACCCUUAUUCUGUAUUCAGUGAUUGCAAACUAUGCAAAUAUGAUUUAAAAAUGCAUAAAUAUUCCAUUUGUAACAACCAUAUUAAUACAUAUUUUGCUGUCUAUUGGUUAAAGUAAAAGUUUUUUGUCACAAGUUAACAAAUAGCUUAUGUGAUGGUAAGUUAUUUUAAAUGUGGACUCUGAGCAUAAAUUUCGUUUUGUAAAUUUGUUUUGAUAUUUUGCACACAUUUGACAAAACAUCUUUUGUUUACAUUUUUUUACACUCUUUUCAGUUGAGGAAUUUUUUUUUUCUGCUUAAAGCAAACAUGUAAUUCUUUUUCACUUCUCAUUUCAGUUUCUACAUAAACUUCCAUAUGUUGCUUUCACUGAAACAGAAGAUGCAGUCAGUUUUUUUUGUAAGGCUUUGCAAGCUCCUAAGUAUUCUAAUGUUCUUCAAAAGAUUUGAUCUUGAAGUAAUAUUUGUGUACUUCAUCAGCGCUGUUUGAUACUUUACAUUGUAGCUUAAAAAUAAUACUGGUGCCCCAUUUCUUCACUCCUCUUUAGGCUUGCCAAAAAAAGGAACAUGCAUCUAAAACUAAGAAAUUUAGAAAGACUGCUGAUGUUUUAUGUCCACAGUUACAAAAAAUAAACUAGGUUAUAUCUGAUGUCUUCUCUCCACUGUCAGAUAUAUUUCUUUCCUCUGGGACACAACUACUCCCAGAAUUGAUUAUGUGAUGUACACCACAUUUGAUGGAAGAACUAGUUUUCUUGCAGAGCUUCUGCAAAAUUUUCAAACUUGCCAUUUUAGAAAUUUUUAUGGCUUACAUUGUAGAUAAGAACAAGACAAUCUUAUAAGCACUAUCAAUGGGUACUUCUGUGUCUUUUCUUUUAUUCCCUUAUUUCACUAACAGAAAAGAUCUACUUUUCUGCAAGCCAGUCAGUAUUCUUAUCUUGCCAGUAAAUUAAAACUGAGUGAUGAAGCUGCAUUGUUAAAAGAUAUUAAGUACUUUUUAUUAAAGUUCACUGUUUUAAAACUAUACUGUUACAACCAGUGAGUCUCCAACUCUAUAUGAAGAAGAAUUUUUUUAUAUGUAUGUAUAUGUGCUAUGUAGACCUUUUGGCACCAUUUUAUUAAACUUUUGACUCAUAAGCAACAUUUUCUUGUUUUGUAUGUGAUAAUUUGUCACUCUAGAACUUUCUAACACUUCAACGUGUGCAUCACAUUUGGAAAAGUAUUUGCUGAUAAGUACAAAUGCUCAUUUAGUGUAUGUAUUCACUGUUAUGAAUAAACAUGUUUCUUCUCUCUUAAAUACUUUGCUUUGUGCUGUUGUAUCAUGAGCACAAAAAAUUCACAAUAUUUCCAGAUGCCUGAACAUAGUUUCAGUAAAUUUCACUCCAUGCAGUUGCUUCAGAUGGCAAGAAGGUCCCAGCAGAAUGUAAAUAAAAAUUAAUUCCUGUAGGCCAAGGUGAUAAAGAUUGAGAAGCAACGUCUGUUUAAUAUACCAACUCUCUGUAUGAUGUUUUUAUGUGUAAAAUGAAGAAAUAAUUUUUGGUACAUUUUUGAUGUUUAUUGUUCUUUGGACUGAGAUUUGUCUGUUGUAUUAUAAUAGUAGUGAAAACUGCUUUCUUUUGUUACUGGUGCCAUUAAUGUUUUAUAGGUGCAAUGCAUUGCUAAAGUCAUUAAUGAACAGCAUUUUGUUGUUUUCCUCUUGAAUUGUAAUAAAUUAACUGAGACAUCUUUAUUUGAACAUACGUUAUAUUUAAAUUGUCGUGUUGGAAAACUGAAUGCUUUUAAAGAUAUCUGUUGUUGAAUCAGUAUAAAUUUGUUUUUGUUGAACCUUCCCCAAAAUAUGUUGUACUUUUAUAGUGUCAUAGCUGUUCAGGAAGGAAAUUGACACAAAAGCUUUUUAAAAAGAAUAACAACUUCAUGAUUACUGAUACAAUGAAAACAAAGGGCAAAACAUUUUUAUUACUGGUUAUUUUAAAAUCUGUUACAUUAAAAGAAACACAAAAAGAUGUAUUACAAUUUACAUAUGCUAGGCAUAUGCCAUAAGUGCAUGAAAUACAAUAAAAUGUCUCAGUUGAGUUUUCA